AUGUACGUGUACUUCAAUGGAGACAGUGACAUUAAAAUAAUCGUAUCCGCUACUUCACUUGGAAGAUAUUGGAACAUAAAAGUAGCCCAAAUAGGAUGUGAUUGUCCUUGGAAAGCUCCAACUGGGUGUUUACAGUACUUCACUUCGCUAUCAGGGACAGUUAACAACUUUAAUUAUGGUACCCUUAUAAACGUAAACACGGUCAAUCAACUCAUAGGUCCCGACAUAGUAGCAGUUCCAGGUACAAGACAAAUGGCAAAUGAGAACUACGGCGUUUGUGUCCAAGUCCAACCUGGGUACUGCUCAAUACAAUGGAGUCAAGGAAGUGACAGUACUUCCUUUACAGUUACCAACAACACGGCUCUGGAGGAGGCUAUUUACGUUUUGCCUGGUGGACCAUUGAAAGGGGAGAACUGCACCACUGAUUAUGUGGUGAUACCGAAUCCGUAUUAUACGAAUGGUACUGCGAUUGAUGGCGACAGAUUUUGUGGAAAUCAAUUUAUUACUUUAGUCAGUUCAUCCAAGCCUUUUAUCAUGACUGUUGUGACUAAUAAUGACGAAGUAGAUGAUAUUGCUAAUAGAGGAUUUUCCUUAGAUUAUGCACAACAAGCGUGUGCAACUGAUAGCAACAAUGUUGCACUUGUUUUAGCAAUGGGAUAA